CCUGGUGGUGACAGCAGAAAACAUGGCCAAGUUUGCUCUGAAUCAGAACCUGCCUGACUUAGGGGGCCCUCGCCUGUGCCCGGGUCCCACUGGGGGUGCCCGCAGCCCGAGCUCGCCCUACUCCGUGGAGACGCCCUACGGCUUCCACCUGGACCUGGAUUUCCUCAAAUACGUGGAGGAGCUGGAGCGGGGCCCGAUCGUCCGCCGCACCCCGGGACCCUCGCCGGCGCGCCGACCCCGCGCGGGACCCCGGGCCGGCCUGGCAGGGGUGCGCAGCCCGGGAGCCUGGACGUCCAGCGAGUCCUUGGCCAGUGACGACGGGGGCGGAGGGGGCGUGGGGGCAUCCGGCGCCCUGUCUCCCGGCGCACCCUCGGGGUCCCUGCGCACCCCGCUGUCCCCCCGGACCCCGAUGCGCAACCCGCGCGUCGAACUCACGCUGCAGGAGACCAGCCGGCGGCUGGAGUUGGCGCAGGCGCAGGAGGGCGCGGGCUCAGACGGCCGAGGGGGCGGGUCCCGCGCGACUAGCCCCGCCCCCGACGCAGGCCCCGCCCCCGGCCCCGUCCAGCUGCAGCAGGUGCGCGAGCAGAUGGCCCAGGCGCUGCGCCACCUGCGCGAGCUCGAAGCCCAGGCCCGCGCGCUGCCCGAGCUGCGCGAGGAGGUGCGGGCGUUGCGCGCGGAGAAGGCGCGGUUGCUGGAGGCCCCCGACGCGCGCCCGGACAAGCUCGCCCAGCUCCGGCGACUCACCGAGCGCCUGGCCACGUCCUCGGAGCGCGGCGGCGGCGGCGGCUACUCCCGGGCCAGCUCCCGGGGUGCCGAUGGUGCCGAUGUCUCGCCGCCCGCGGGGCGCAUCGACGGGGCGGACGGGACCUCGUCGGCGCGGGCAUCCCCGGGAAGAGCAGCGGCCGUCCAGGCCGUGCCCGAGCGCCAAGAAGCGGCCACCCAGGCCGGGACGGCGUGGGGAACGCGGGAGAUCGGUGUGGAGGCGGCGCCCGACACCGUCGAGGCGGACGCGUGGGUGACCGAGGCGUUGCUGGGGCUACCGGCCGGCGCCGAACGCGAGCUGGAGCUGCUGCGCGCCAGCCUGGAGCACCAACGCGGGGUGAACGAGCUGCUCCGGGGACGCCUGCAGGAGCUCCAGGCCGCCCGGGAGGCCGCCCAGGAGGAGGCGGCCGAGGAUGUGGGGUCGCAGUCCCGCGAGGCCGCCACGCAGACCCCGUGGGUUUGCGUGGAGAAGGCCACGCAGACCGAGCCCCCCGUGGACACCCCCCAAGGGGACCGGGCCGCGGCGGCGCCUCCGGGCCCUCUCAAGUCCAUCAUGAAGAAGAGAGACGGUACAGCUGGCGCCCCGUCCAGCUCGGCGGGCCCCAAGAGCCUGCAGUUUGUGGGCGUCCUCAAUGGAGAGUAUGAAAGCUCAUCCAGUGAAGAAGAAGAAGAAGAAGAGGAGGAGAGCGAAAGUGACAGCGAAGAAGGCGGCCCUGAGGCCCCUAGAAGCAGCUCUUCAGGCUCUGGGGAUGAGGGUGGCGGAGGAUGCGAUGCAGGCACCCCUGAACCCCAGCCGGCUCCUGGGGCUGAGCCCCAAUCCGCUCCCGGGGCUGAGUCCCAACCCACUGAGGCUGUGAAUAGGUGCGAGCUGAGCCCUAGGCUGCGAGAGGCCUGUGUGGCGCUGCAGCGACAACUGAGCCGGCCCCGAUGGGGCUCCCGCGAUGGCGGCGGUGCUGCUCGCUUGGUGGGUCAGGAAUGGUUCCGCGUGUCCAGCCAGCGGCGCUCGCAGACAGAGGCGGUGGCUGGGGUGCUGGGUGCGGUGGCCCGUGUGGGCCCCGAGCUUCUGGCACAUGUGGUGAACCUGGCGGACGGCAAUGGCAACACGGCGCUUCACUACAGCGUGUCGCACGGGAACCUGGCCAUCUCGAGCUUGCUGCUGGACACUGGGGUGUGUGAGGUGGACAGGCAGAAUCGUGCGGGCUACUCGGCGCUCAUGCUCUCUGCCCUGGCGUCUGGGGGCCGCGAGGAGGACGCGGCAGUGGUGCGAAGGCUCUUCAGCAUGGGUGAUGUGAAUGCCAAGGCUAGCCAGACCGGGCAGACAGCGCUCAUGCUGGCCAUCAGCCACGGUCGCCAGGACAUGGUAGCGGCCCUGCUGGAGAGCGGCGCCGAUGUGAACGCACAGGACUUGGAUGGGGCCACUGCGCUCAUGUGUGCCAGCGAGUAUGGCCGCCUGGACACGGUCCGCUUACUGCUGGCUCAGCCUGGCUGCGACGCGACCCUCCUCGACAAUGAGGGUACCAGUGCCCUGGCCAUUGCUCUGGAAGCUGAACAGGAUGAAGUGGCUGCCCUGCUCCAUGAGCAUCUGAGCUCCCACCAACAGGGACCGUCGCCACCACCUGACUCCCCUAUGGCAGAGCCUGGAGGACAAGGCGAUCCGGGAGGAGAUCCCCAGUUGCAAUGAAGCAGCCUGGCACUCGGGAUCUGGAGACCCAAAAGAUAGGGUGGAGAAAGCACCCCCUAUCCACCCCCCUCAACUGUCUUAAUAAAACCUUUCAAGUG